AUGCCGAACACGAUGCUUUCGCUCACGACCGCCCCGAAUACGACCAACUACUACAGUGUCACCACUGAGUCCGAUGUCUCCGGCUACGCCGACUCGUCCUAUGCUGACUCCGACUUUGACGCCCCUACGAACAGGUGCAGCAACACCGCCUCUAACACCUCACAUGAGAUCGACGACUCUGCUCCACAGACCCCAGAUACUAUCUCCGAAUUCGACACGGACGACUCGGACAAUGAGUCGAAUGAGUCCAACUUCGAACACGGCCCCUUGUCCGGCUCGAUGAUCGUCCAUCGCGCCUUCUACCACGCCGAGCCGUACACUUUCAUCGGCAAGGCCUUCGACGAGCUCCCCGAAGCCGCACAGAAGUUCCUCGUGAAAAUGGGGUUGUGGCCCAUGGAUGAGGAGACGUUUGAUAGAGAAGAGUUCUUUGAGAGGGUGUACACGAUAAGGGAGGCGAGGCGGGAUAGGUUGGAGAGGACGUUGGAGGGUGUAAGUAGGGCGAUCGCGAAGGAGAUGUUGGUUCGCGCCGAUGAAGGCCCUGCAUCUGCCACCAACGUCCAUGGCGGUGGUGAAGGACCAGCCAGCGGCGCUGCGACACCUGGUCUCGCUCCGUCGGCGAGGGAGAACGUCGUCGGUGUUCUCCUCUACCCCGAGUGGCAAGAACACCUGGAGGCGUACGUCGAAGAAAUUGACGCGCUUAUCUGGGUUGACAUGCGCCUUCGUCUCGGGGCCGAGCCGAGCCUGUCCGUCAAGGGCUACUUGAGAGAGCGCGAGGAGGAUGUGGAGCGCAUGACCGAGUUCGCGGUGCAGUGCUUGCAGAGGACGUUUGAGAGGGUGAAGGAGGAGCGAGGGGCCGCGUGGUUGAUGGAGAAGAUCAUGGAGGGUAAGAGGGGGGAAGGCGAUGAUUUGUUUGAGUCGAUUGAUUCGAUUGCCCAUAUCUCGCCGGUCUCGCCGCUGAGCGGUGCAGAGGAGAAUGGGCAGUGGGUAACUGUGACGGCGUGA